GUCUUUCGCCCAUUGAGGGAUCCGCAGACUAUGUGAGUGUCUUUGUCAAUGGUCGCCUUUGUUCGAUCGUAUCGAGAAACUGCGGGAAUUCUCGUGGACCAUGACCACCGCUAUGAAGAAGGGCAACUUGACGUUAUGGAGCAUCCUCGCUGUCGCUCUUUUGUUGAUCCUUUGCGAACUAAAUAUCAUCCAAGCCGCGCGUGGAUUUCGGCAUAAUGCCAAACAGGCUCCGAGAGGACCGUACGGUCUCCGUCCAGGUCUCAACAAAAACUCGAAAAACGGCGGUCUCUUUCCGUCCACGUUCAACGUCGCCGCGAAGGCGGACAUUUCCGUAAACGCGACAUGCGGCGAGGAAGGCCCGGAGACUUUUUGCAAGCCCUCGGAAUCAACGAGAUGCGGCGUAUGCGAUUCUAAGAGUCCAGAUCCUGGCAAGAGGCACAAUAUCGUCAACGUCCUCGAUACGAAUUCUCAAAGAUGGUGGCAGAGCCCUACGUUAAGCAAAGGCGAUCACUACGAAUACGUCACGAUACUCCUGGAUCUGAAACAGGUCUACCAAGUGGAGUAUGUGAUAGUGAAGACCGCGAAUUCGCCGAGACCCUCGGCCUGGAUCCUCGAGAGAUCCUUAGACGGUGAAAACUUUCAACCGUGGCAGUAUUAUGCUCCGAGUGAUGAAGAAUGCUGGACGAGAUAUUCGGCACCGCCUGUCACAGGCAAGCCCGCUUACGACGACGAAGUUAUAUGUACCAGCCAGUAUUCCAAAUCAGCCCCCGCGGAGAACGCUGAGAUCCACACGUACCUGGUGAACGGUCGGCCCGGAGCUGCGAACCACAGCGCGACUUUGCUGGAAUUCACCCAGGCCAAAUACGUGCGGCUGCGUUUUCAGGGUCUUGUACGUGUCGGCGAGGCUUUCGCCGACAAAAGACGCGUCUUCUACUCGAUAAAGGAAAUCAACAUCGGAGGACGGUGUCUGUGCUCGGGACACGCGUCCCGUUGUCUGUACAGCGUUAAUCACGGGCAUCAGGAAUGCCAAUGCGAGCGCCACACGUGCGGCGAAAGAUGCGAAAAAUGCUGCCCCAUGUACAAUCAGAUUCCAUGGAGGCCCGGCACAGCUGGCAAGGGCUUUCACUGCGAGACGUGCAACUGCAACGGCCACGCAAACUCCUGUAUAUACGACCAGGAAGUGGCCGACAGGAGAAUGUCUAUGGAUAUCCGUGGGAAAUAUCGAGGCGGCGGCGUUUGCGUCAAUUGCACGGGACAUACGGCUGGUAUUAAUUGCGAAAAGUGCGAGAUCGGCUACUACAGACCAAACGGUGUUGCGCCUGAUACACCAGAACCAUGCAUGCCCUGCAACUGCAACGUGUACGGUAGUACAGGCUAUUGCACUCCCGACGACUCCUACACACGUAUAGGAAAGGUAGCAGGUGCCUGCGAGUGCAAGCCAGGAUAUUCGGGAUACAAAUGCGAUCAGUGUGCGGCCGGUUAUCGACAGUUUCCCGACUGCUUGACGUGUCCCUGCGAUUCCCGCGGGAUUCUACCGUCUCACGAUUGCGAGGGUGACUGUUUGUGCAAGGCGAACGUCGCCGGAGAUUUCUGCGAUCGCUGUAAAUCCGGAUACUUUGCACUCACGAAAGAUAAUCUCGACGGUUGUUUGCCCUGUUAUUGCUCCGAUACAACAUCUCGUUGCACCGCUGCUAAGUUAUCGUAUAGUAUGAUUUCUACGUUAGAGAACUGGUUGGUGACGGACAUGAACGCGUCUCGGCCAGUUGCUCCAACCUUGAACAACGACAACGGAUGGUUAACCGUGACAGCGUUCGAGGUCGAAUACGACAGCCCUUUCUGGCUGGCACCACAGAUCUACACGGGAAAUCGUGUGUCCUCGUAUGGCAGCAAUCUCACAUACUCGGUUAUGUGGGUUGUUAUGCGAGGUGAUACCAGCGGUAAACCCACCAUGGAACCCAGCGUCAUUUUAGUCGGUAACAACGGGAUGCGCAUAGCGUAUGGUGAGGAACAGUAUAAUGGUCAAGAGGCUGAAAUCGUGGUGCCUCUGCGAGAACACGGUUGGUAUCACGUGCGAGAAGAAGUUCAGGAUAUUUCGGCAAAACUAAGGUUGAGGAGAACCGAAUUUCGCGGUGAUCCCGUGACGAGGACGCAGAUGAUGCGCGUUCUCGCUGAUUUGAAGUAUCUGAUGAUAAGAGCGCGGUAUCAUUCGGAGCAAAUCGAGGGAGGACUUCAAUCUGCCAUAUUGGCAGUGGGCGAAUUAUCACUGGAUGGCGAAAGCGACACUUUAGUUGAAAUGUGCGAAUGUCCCGAGGGAUACACGGGAAUGUCCUGCGAAAGUUGUGCUUGGGGAUAUGUGAACGUGCCGACCAAUAGUUCCGAUCAUCAGGAUCGUCAUACAUGCAUGAAAUGUGACUGCAACGGCCACGCGGGCUCCUGUGAUCUAGUGACGGGUGAAUGUGGAAUGUGCGAACACCAUACAGUGGGUCCAAAAUGCGAUCGUUGCACCACAGGAUAUUACGGUAUCGCAACGAGAGGCAGCAGCGAAGAUUGCAAGAAAUGCGCUUGUCCACUUGCCAUCGAAUCGAACAAUUUCAGUCCGAAUUGUCAGCUCGAUGAACCGACCGAUAUUAACAGUGGAUACGUGUGCACGCAAUGUCCCGAAGGCUACGCCGGAAAUCAUUGCGAAAGUUGUGAUGUAGGAUUCUACGGCAAUCCUAUGACACCCGGGGGCACUUGUCAGCAGUGUCCUUGUAAUGGUGGUGCCUGCGAUCAAGAAACGGGUCGCUGCUUAGAGUGUCUCGGCAACACCGAAGGCUGGAAAUGCGACAAGUGCAAAAAAGCGCAUUUCGGAAAUCCUUUGGACCAGAAUUGCAUGCCGUGCAACUGCUUUCCCCUUGGUAGCAAUUCGGUCGAAUGCGAGCAAACGACCGGUCAGUGUCCCUGCGGGCAUUUGUUCACUGGUCGUGACUGUUCCUCUUGCAUCGAGGGCUUCGGGAACGUGACUGCAGGUUGCCGGGAAUGCGACUGCGACGUGGGUGCCACGAGCGACGGAUUCUGCGAUCCCGUAAGUGGCAUGUGCAGGUGCGCGCCGAAUGUCAUCGGCUUCCGGUGCGAUCGCUGCGACGUGGACCACUACGGCUUGUCAGCGAGUGGCUGCAAGAGAUGUGGCUGCAGUAACUUGGGCUCUACGAGUUCAGCUUGUGACAUCGUGACCGGGCAAUGUCAGUGCAAACCGCAAGUUAUCGGCAGGCAGUGCGACGAAUGCAAGGUUGGUUAUUGGGGGCUGACAACAGGGGCAGGUUGCACAGCUUGUGACUGCGAUUCCAUGGGCUCCUACAACGCUUCCUGUCACAGGGACACAGGACAAUGCUAUUGUAAGCCGGGUGUAACUGGCUUGCGAUGUGAUAGUUGUCUCUCUGGGUAUUAUGGAUUUUCAUCCAAUGGUUGUCAAUUAUGCGACUCCUGCGUGCGACCCGGUCACGUGUGCGACCCUGACACCGGUCGUUGCGUAUGUCCCCGGUUGACCUAUGGCGAGCACUGCGACCGAUGCAGACCUGGUGCUUGGGAUCUAGUACCGCAAGUUGGCUGCAGACCCUGCGCGUGCACAUUAGGUGCUACGCGACCCCAGUGCGAUCACCAGGGUCAGUGCCCCUGCAGGAUUGGCUACGACGGACUCAGGUGCGAGAGAUGCGCCAGAGGAUACUACGGUUACCCAAGGUGUCGUCCUUGCGGAUGUAACGUCGCCGGCACGACUCAGUGCCGGGACGGUGUCUGCGAAUGCGAUGACAAAGGACAGUGUCCCUGCAAAGAACUGGUCAUUGGACGACAGUGCAAUCAAUGCAAAGAAGGCACAUUUGGUCUCGCGGUGGAUAACGUCAGAGGAUGCACUGAGUGCUUCUGCUUCGGAAGGAGCACACUGUGUCAACAGGCUGGACUCAGUUGGGGUCAACGAAGAUUGACACGACCUCGUGUUCUUCACUUCAACGAGACGAUCAGCGACGUAACAAUAAUGAGUUUUGGCACCACAAUCGUACUGCCAACGGUGAACGGUGGCUUAAACGUGACGAACGGCCUCUCCGUAAUCCCCGGAUCUGAUGGUGACGUCACGUUGCCUCCUAAUCUUUACUACAAUUAUCCUCUAUAUUGGAGAUUGCCGGAUUCCUUCCUAGGCGAUAAGGUCGUCUCUUACGGAGGAUUCCUGCGUUUUAAAACUUUAACGGAAGGUGGAAUACCUUUAAGAUCGAAUUUUAGAUAUCCUAUUGUGCAGUUGCAAGGCAAUAACAAGAUUGUCCUAGAAUAUUAUUUACAUCUACCAGCGAACAAUAAUCAUUAUGAAGUCAGAUUCCAUGAGUCGUUAUGGCAGUUACAAAAUAGGCCGGAUUACAAAGUCUCCAGGGAGGUGCUAAUGGUUGCGUUACAAAAUCUUCAGUAUAUCCUUGUAAAAGCUUCGGAUAGCGCCGAAUUUACAAAGACCACACUCCUGGAGGCAUCUCUCGACGCCGCCGUCUUGACGCCCACGCACUCGCCACCGUUGGCGAUCGGAAUCGAGAUCUGCGAGUGCCCGUCGGAAUACAACGGCACGUCCUGCCAGGAUCCCAGCAUCGGCUUCUACAGAUGGUACAAGAACACCACCGCCACAUCCACCAUCGUGAUUGAUCUUGUCGGACAAGCUAGGCGCUGCCAGUGCAACGGGAGAUCCGAUGUGUGCGACAGGGAGACGGGAUAUUGCUUGAACUGUCAAGAAAACACGGUUGGCGCAUAUUGCAAUGUUUGUGCUGACAGUUUCUACGGUCAUCCAGAAUUCGGAGGCUGCAAACCAUGUCCGUGUCCACAAGUCGACAAAAGAUUCUCGAGUACUUGCAUCAUUCGUGCGAAUAAUGAACCCAUUUGUCAUUGCAAGCCAGGAUACAUCGGUAGAAAAUGCGAACGCUGUGCGUAUGGUUACUAUGGUUCUCCUAGUCUUCCGGACGGCAAGUGUGUUCCGUGCAAUUGUCACUUGGCAGGAAGUUUGAGCGACGCUUGCGACAACAAGACGGGACAGUGUAAAUGCAGACCUGGGUCUACGGGCAGGGAUUGCUCUCAGUGCACGGCGUAUCGUCACGUUUACAUAAAUGACGUUUGCACCUCGUGCGAUGACAAUUGCACGGGAAUUUUGUUGAACACCGUCGUAGCCUUAUCCGACGAGUUGGCAGCGGGAACGAGUCACAUAGCAGACGGAUAUAUUCCACCCCCGUGGGAGGCAUUGACUUCUGUCGAUUCCGUCGUCAGCGAGCAUCUCAAAGAACUGGAAUUACGGACUCGUCUACAGGAAAGAAUGAAGACUGUACCUUGGCACGAAUACAAGAAACUUGCAGAAGAUGUUGAAAUUAUGUUAAGAAACAUGACCAAGUGUGCGAAAUAUGCCGAUACCUUGAAGCUCAAAAGUGGCGAUUUAAAAAAUAAUAUUUUCACCGGAAAAAUCAUGCUUAAUAAUAUAAAAAAAGAUAUAAAAGAUACGACUUCGGAACUCAAUCAAUACAGCAACGACAAUAGGAGAAUAGAAAUCAAGAAGGCUUUGAAAACGGGGAAGAUAAUCUUGAAUCAUCUAAAAUCUGUUAAUAUAGACCAGAGAACUAUGGAAGUAGAAGCUUUCCUCGACGACUUCACCAAGUACGUGGCAUGGUUGAACUCUCUUUACGACACUACCGAGCCUUUAUCAGCCGCUCAGGAUGAUGUUAAAGAUUACGAGAGAAAGUUAAACGACAUGAGAACAAUCAUAGAAAGGACCAUGGAAACGUUGUUCAACUACGACGGUUUGUACAACCGUAUCAACAAGACACAUGUCGAAACUAGGAAUCAGUACGCUCGCAUCGAGACGUUGCAUGAGGGAACGAACGAAUUAAUAUCUGACGGAAAGAAACUCAUCGACGAGGCUCUAGGUUUGCUCGUCGACGCGGGCAACAACAUUCAAGACCAGUCGGACUGGCGAGAUAAAUUGGCGAACUCAACAGAGGAACUCACUAGGAAGGAGGAACACCAAUACCAACUGAAUUACGAGUACUCCAAGAAAUUUGUAACCCCAGCGAUGAAGCACGCGAAGAAUCUAUCCAGUUACGUCGACCAGUAUGUCAGUCUCUUCGCCGAGACGCGAGACAUCGCGGCGAGUCCUCUAAAAGCCAGCCAGGCCUACAAGAACAUCGUCGAUGAUCUGCAAGCAGCGAAAGUCACCGCGAUGGCAGCCAAGGAAAUCAUCGAAGAAGUACGUGAAAAGGCUUUCCCCCCUUCGGGACAGAAAUCGCUGCUGAACGAUGCCAAGGAUGUAUUAGCCAAAUCUUCGCAGCAAUGGAAAUUAGCGAAGGAGCACGGUAAACUCAUUAAGGACGCGAACGCCGAGUUGGAAGCUCAGAAGCAAGCUGUGCUCGUGCUGAAGAAUACAUUGAACAACACUGGCAUAAAGGACAAUGAGAUAAAUGUGAAAUUGCGAGAGCUGCAUAGCAAUAGCAAGAAAUUGCAUGAGGAUCUAUUAAAUAUCUUGGAGGAGAAUAAUGAAGUAACGGAAUCUGUUAGCGAUACGCAACGACUGAUUGACGAUUACAAACAAGGCAUUGCUGACAGACUGAAGCCGAAGUUGCAGGAUUUAAAACGCGAAGGCGAUACGAAAAUCGGCCUGGCUAGCGAAAAACUGUCAGAAGCGCUGAGCAAUAUUAAGAUAGCCGAUGUGAAGUUGACAAGCUUGUCCAACACCGCGAUGAAGCAAAAAGCCGUCUUCGACAAGUGGAACGAUACCUUGGCUACGAAACUGCAGAAUCUCAAAGAUAAAAUCGCAGAGGCCCGAAACACCGCCGAUGGGAUUCGCGUGUCUCUGAGAUCCGUAGAGGGUAAAGAAUGUAUCCGUUCGUAUAGACCAACGAUGUUGCAAUCUUCAGCAACGACUUCGAUCGUGAUGACUUUCGCGCUUCCGACCGCCCGCAAGGAAGGUUCACUGUUUUACUUGCCCAGCGGAAUUAAUGACGAUUUCGUUGCUCUGGAGAUAGUGGACAGAAGAGUGCGAUUUUUGUGGAAUGUCGGCGGCGGUACAGGUGUCCUGACGCAUCCUGAGAUUCUUGAAAGCGGUGAUUUGCAGAAUGACAGAUCUUGGUACAGAAUCGAGGCCGAAAGAACUCGACACACGGGUAAAUUGAGCGUGCUGAGGCAGACGUCGACGUCCGGAAAGUAUCUCCCCGUCAUUAAUUCGACCAAUUCCGAAUACGGCCGUUUCGACGUUCUACCUACGGAUCGAGUAUGGAUAGGAGGUAUUCCUAAGUCACAGAGAAGGCCAACGGAACUGAUGGCUACCAACGGACUUCCGGCUUGUAUUCAUCAGGUGAUCCUUGAUGGAAGACACAUCGGUCUCUGGAAUUUCAUUACGACCGCGCCAGACUGGGCUUGUAAAGCUUGCGUGGAAGGAGUGGAGGACACCAGAGAUGAUAUAUCUUAUAGUUUCAAUGGCGAGGGAUACGCCGUGAGAAACAGAGUCUCGUCUGGUACUCCCUACAACAAAUAUAUGUUUGGGGUCUCUAUCAAUUUUCGGACAUAUGAUGAGAAUGCAUUAUUAUUUCUGGCCAUCAACAAAGAUAAUAAUCAUCACAUCAUGAUCUUCCUGCGAGAAGGCAGGGUGAUACUCCACGUCGGCUACGGCGGAAACGUCAGUAUGGAAAUGUCCUCGACGCACAAAUACAACACCGGCAAUUGGACGAAGGUGGACGCUUUCAGACAGUAUCAGGUUCGCAAGAACAUCGAGAAGUGCAGUCUGAGCAUCGGCGGCGAUAACGACAAGCGAAUCGGUGCACCCACGCCGCAACCCAAGAAGGAAGACAUCCCGGAUUUGAAACAAGCCAAAUAUUACAUCGGUGGGUUACCACCCAGUUUCCGCGCCGAGAAACUGAUGCUGCCCUCGCAGGUGUCCUUCCUCGGUUGCAUGGCGAAUAUCGAAGUGCAAGAGGGUUACAAUCCAAUGGCCGAACAAUAUUACGGGGUGGAACCCAGUUGUAGCAACAAGCCGUUGAAGAUCGUCGGAUUUUACGGAGAUGGAUACCUCGAGCAUCCCGCAUUCACUUUACGAAAGAUCCACUCUGUUCUGAGUUUCUCCUUCAGGACCAUGCAAGAGGCUGCUAUGCUGCUUCUUUCCACGUUCGAAGGUCGCGAAGAUAGAUUGAACGAUAGCACGAGAAAAGAAGCACAAAGAGAAAGCUAUUACUCCGUUUGCAUACUUAAUGGACAAGUGCAAGUUCGUUUGAACGCCGGCAAAGGCGAGCUGGUUCUCCAAUCCAACAAUACUUUCAACGACGGAAAGUAUCAUUCGGUCACCAUCAUCAAGAAGAGGAAAGAGGUGGAAUUGAGGAUCGAUGACGCGUAUCAGACCACAGGAAGAUUACCUUCCAGCAUCGCGAUCAUAGCUCCCGAUGCGGACGGAGGACUCUUCUUUGGUGGGCUACCUGCUCUCAUCAAUAACACCAAGAUGGUCGCCACGAAUACACCGCUAUAUGGUGCUAUCAGGGAUGUGAUUUUCAACGACGAAAUUCUUCGAUUCGACGAUGCCGUUAAUUUUGAUCACGCUUUAAUCGGUCGUCCUGGACCGAGCAUGGGAAAAGAUAUGCCGAGUUACGCACCCUCGGCCUCGUUAUCUCGAGGAAUGUCCACGCAACCGGAAGGAUGUCAGAAGGUGCCUUAUUACUCGCUGGAACCGGGUGCUCUGAAAUUUGGCGACAAGCCGAACAGUCACACGCAGCUCUACCUCAACUUCAAGAAAUUUUGGGAGAAGACGUACACGAUUGAAUUCGACUUCAGGACGUACUAUCCCAACGGGCUGCUCUUCAUCACUCCGGGUAUGAGGUUGAAACACUAUCUGAUGAUGGUCAUCCGAGACGGACAGCUUCUUCUCUUGAUGAAGAAUAAGCAGAGAAAAGAGAUGCUGCUCAAAACGCCAUUCAACGAUGGCAAUUGGCAUCACGUCGUCCUCAGUCAUGAGGAGAGAAAGCUGACUCUAUUAGUGGACACCCAGACACCGCGAGUCCUCAAAAUACCGAGGAGGAUCAAUCUAGCAUACAUGAUGUAUAUCGGUGGCCUUCCGGAAAGUGGGACACCGAUCCCAGAGCAAGUAGUCGUCAAACUGGAGACUCUGAAGGGUUGUAUCAGAGGUCUGAAAGUCAAUGGAAACGUAUACGACAUGGUAGGCUCCAAUAGCAGAGCUUUUAAUGUCGGCCAGUGCUUCCCGAGCGUCGAAAGCGGGGCAUACUUUCAGGAUGAGGCUUACGCCGUUUAUCAGAACAACUUCGAGCUGGGUGCCGUGCUCGAACUCCAGCUGGAGUUUAGAACAUCGGAAUUGUCCGGGGUGUUGUUGUCGAUCAGCGCGCCCGGCGGUUCACCCUCUCUAUCGCUGGAACUCAAUAACGGCCGAGUAAUCAUGUCAGGUGAUCUAGGUGAUCAUAAUCCUUUGUACGUGGAGCAAGGAUUCGCCAGCCCGUACGCGAUCUGCGACAAUCGAUGGCACCGAAUCCAGGCCGUGUACAAUGACGAGGAGUUGGCGCUCAAGGUCGACGAGUUGGAUCAGAAAUACGGUCUGCCUGCGAACGUCAAUUAUCAUUUCAUGAGCUCCACCGCCUCCGGCCCGUUGUAUAUAGGUGGUAUACCAGCAUCCGCUCAGAAAGGCUCGUUGAUAACGAGGGACCAUUUCAACGGGUGCAUCAGGAAUGUGAUGAUAGGAGGGGAGAGACGAGACUGGACGGACAUGGCCGAGCUGCACAACAUUCAUCUGAGCUCCUGCCCGGUUCAAUGAUAGCGGAACGCCAAGAGAGACACAAUUAUCGCCUCGAUGAUCAGCAUUUUUUUUAAUAAUAAAUAGUUCCAAAGACUGCUCGAGAAGUUCGCGAACACACCGGGUCUAAAGUGCCAUAUAUUCGCAGACGACGAUUUUUUAAGACGUAAGACUAACAAAGCCAAAAGAUGCUAAAUCGUUUUUCUUAGGCUAAAGAUCAUAACUUAAAGGAUAGAAAAAAAAGAGAAAAGGACGCGUCGGUUUUCGCGACAAGAUGAUGUAAAUGAUGGCACGAACGAACAAUUUCGUCGAGCGGAAGACAUUUUCGCGCAGAUAGCGAGUAAAUAUGCCACUGCCAUAUAUAUAGAUAUAUAUAGGUAUAUAUGUAUAAUAUAUAUAGUUUAAUUACUUUCGCCGCGAACAAUAUCUGUGUACAUCAGUAUUUAAAAGCCAUUAUUUAUUAUUGUUAACGUAGAUCCAAUCUAAACGUGAUCUCGUGAUCGUCGCGUCGACGAUAGAGCGAAUUAAUACGCGAAUUAUACGAUUUUGUACUUUUAUAGCGAAUAUAUAGCGAAUAUAUAGUAAGACUCUAUAUGUACAUUGUAGGAGAUUGAUCUUGCUUGAAAGAGAUUUCGAAGAAAAAGAAAAAAGAGAGUAAAGCACAAGUGCCCUGUAAAAAAUAAAAGUGUCCUUUAAUCACGCACACAGAGGGGAAGUUAAUCUUCGAAGAAUAUUUUUAAUAUUUAAUAAUUUUCUCUCUCGAUAUACACAUUCACACAUUCUCUUAUUGAACUGUAAUAUAUUAUACAUACGCAAAAUUGAAAUUAACAAAUGGCGCACAUCCGCUGUUAUGUAUAAAAUAUAUAUAUAUAUAUAUAUACACACAACAAGAGAA